GACCAGCGGCAGGUCGAGACCUGGACGAAAUUCUAAUCGCCCUCACAUCAAACCUGUGCCGCUGUCCGGGCUGUCAUCUCCUAAGAAAGGUCGUGGGGCCAUGUCGAACAUGGAGAAACACCUAUUUAACUUGAAGUUUGCUGCAAAAGAGCUUAAUAGGAAUGCCAAGAAAUGUGAUAAAGAAGAAAAGGCUGAAAAGGCCAAGAUUAAAAAGGCUAUUCAGAAAGGGAAUACAGAAGUUGCAAGAAUACAUGCUGAAAAUGCAAUCCGUCAGAAGAACCAAGCAAUUAAUUUCUUGAGAAUGAGUGCUAGGGUUGAUGCUGAGGCAGCCAGAGUUCAAACUGCAGUAACAAUGGGCAAGGUAACCAAGUCCAUGGCAGGUGUAGUUAAAUCUAUGGAUGCUACAUUGAGGAGUAUGAACCUUGAAAAGAUUUCUGCCCUGAUGGACAAAUUUGAACACCAAUUUGAAACACUGGAUGUUCAAACACAACAAAUGGAAGACACAAUGAGUAGUACUACAACCCUAACAACACCACAAAGCCAAGUGGAUAUGCUGCUUCAAGAAAUGGUAGAUGAAGCUGGCCUUGAUCUCAAUAUGGAACUACCACAGGGUCAGACAGGAUCUGUUGGCACCAGUGUUGCUUCCAUGGAACAGGAUGAACUAUCACAGAGACUUGCUCGUCUACAUGAUCAAGUGUAAUUUAAAGAACUGGUGCUUUUGUUUACUUCACCUGCUUCUGAAAAAUUUCAUGUGUAUAUAUAGAUAAGUUUCACUCCAGUUACACUAAGAACACCAUAUGUUACAGAAUGCUUAAAUG